AUGCCGCCCAAACGCAAGAAUAAAGCGACAAAGGCCAUGACCAGAAACACCACCAAAUCACCCGCAAACAGGCAUAGUGCAGGAGCCGCUAAGCGAACUGGCCUCGGGACAGAAGGAGCGACAGGCAAGAUGUCUCGCCUUGCUCCUUCAGUACCAUUCCAAAUGACCACGCGCCGCGGUGCAAAGGGAACGUCCAACACUGGCAGUCCUGUUGGGCCUUCCAGCAUCGACUCGACCAGCCGUCGCAGUUCUCUGGCCGACAAUGCGCAUCAGGGCGAAGAUGCGCCCUCAGACCUUGAAGAUGCGCGACCAGCCAAGCGCAGCCGAACAUCGACCGAUUCUGGUUCGCCGCAAAUGUCUAAUGAUGCCUCGUCCGACCACAACACUCCUAUGCAGCGAACGCCAUCCCCAUCGCCCUCGUCAGAGCCGCAGAAAGCCGCCGGGGGGCCGCCCUUGACGGUGUCCAAGGCAGCCGGCAAAAAGAGGCGCGCUUCCGAGGAUUCGACAAAGUCCGACAAGACGCCUAGCACUCGUCCUGAUGGUCUGCUAACCCGUGCCCAAAGCGAUGCCUCUGAAACACUACAGCCGCGCAGGAAAAAGCGCAAGACAACAGAAAACUCAUCCGGCAAUGCCGACCAGCCGCCCGAAUUGACUGAUGCUAGUACUGCUCCCAAUUCGCCUGAGCAGAUGCCAGAUGUCGAUGGCAGUCAGACGCUUCAGAAUGUUUUGCCGACCAAUGGCGAUGCCCCUGCAAAGUCUGGCAGACGCCUUCCUGGUCGUCGCCGCCAACCGCAUCCGGACAUCAACAUUGAGACUGAUCUGCGCCGACAGCUCAACCUCAAAAUGAGUUAUCGCAGUCUGGCCAAGGUGCAAAAGAUUCUUCUGGAUGAAUUGUCGAGCCGCACCACGAGUCAUCUAGAGAAAGACGCAGAGUACCACACGCAAUGUCCCGAAUACGAACCCUUGAUGGCGGAUUUGGAUCGGCGUCGCCGCAGCCGUCUGGACGAGAUUGAUGCUAUUCGCACCUAUCGACUGGAACAGCUGGAGCGCAUUCGAAUUGCCGAGGAGCGCAUACAGAAAGAGCAAUUCAUUAACCGCUUCCAAGAACUGCAGGAUGACUACUUGCUGCAAUGUUACUUCCGCAUGAAGCAAAUUGAGCGAGAAAUGAAAGGCGAGGAAGCUGAUGCGACUGAUGAUGAGGACAACGUACUUCCUCCAACCUAUACUGAUGAACCACAUGCUGAAGUGGAUGAUCGCAUUGGCUCCAAAUAUGCCUCACGCAGCCGCGCAUAUGUUGAAGCUGACAGGGCACUUGAACACGAAUCGAUACGGCGUCGCUUUGAUCGCGCCCGUAUAGCGUUCGUCGAGGCCGAUGAAGAUGCGGAUGACUCGAUUGAAGAUCUACCUGGUGGCUUUGCGCACUACGCCGGACCUGAUCGCAAGACAGCUAUCGCACACUACAACAUCGCAAGUCUCGCUGAUGCUGCACUCGAGGUUGAAAGAACGCCUUCCCCGCCACCAAAGGUUCAGGACGCUCCCGUGAUUUCAAACGAGCAUGCUACACUCCUUAUGAUACUUGCAGACGCCUCUUCCCAGUGCACUCGGCCGAAUGAUGCGCAGUCAUCUGCUAAGGAAAUCGCAACACAGCAGCCCUUAUCCCAGUCGCCUCCGCGAGCUCCCACACCAGAGAUCAAACAAGAGCUACCUAGACAGACAUCUCCCAUCUUACCUCCAAGCGAUAUACCGCUUAUCAUGCCGUCACAAGCGGCACAUAGCAGCCCUGUGAAAAGCAAUCAAUCGACUCCAGUGGCCUACCCUAAGCCAAAUACAUUGAACAAUGUAGAAAAGUCGAUCAGCACCGAGACAGCAACCCCCGCAAGGAUUUCGACUCAUCGAAUUAUGGACAUCUUGAAUGACGACCAAGAGGUCCCCGUAUCAAAGCUGAGGGAGGCUCAACCCGCAGCAGCAGAGCAAGGUAUUUCGGCUUUGGCGGACAAGGAGCUCGCACGUAAACAGGUCACAUCACCCAAAAGUAACACGCAUCUGUCGGAAACUGCCGCCACCCGGGAUGACCCCCCUGUUGACCAAGCAUUGAUGGAUGCCCUAGGAGGGCCUUCGCAAACAAGCAAUCCUUCCACGUCACCAUCCACGCACCAUCGUACUUGGCAACCCCCAAAUACUGAGCCGCCAAGGGAAGCAGAAGAGUCGCUCCGUCGUCGGGAUCCCCUUCAGAGGAUUAGGGAAAUGCUAGACAGGAAAGCUCGUGAAAAUGGCAGAGAUCCUCCUGAACGCUCACAGUACUGGCGGACUCCGCCUUAUGCCGGAAUGGCAACUGGGCAGAGCACGCAGGAACGCUCAGAUGUGGCUGGCUACGAUCCACAACGCCCAUCUACCGGUCUCUAUGAAUCCUCGCCUACUGUUGGAUCGGCCUAUGUUCCUGUAGGCCGUCGUCCAUCGCACGAUCAAGGCGCUGCGCAAUGGGAGCAGGACAGAGGGAUGAGUGGUUCACAGAGCUCUCAGCAGCCUACAGCCUCGCCAUACGCUUCAGCCAGCACGCCUCACGGUUAUCAGGCCGAUCAUCAUCGGCCGGGACCCAAUUCCCCCACACAUCAGAGCCCUUAUGCUCCUCCUACAAGCUCCAUGCCACUCCCACCCAAACCACCUGGACCUCCACCAGCUGGACCCAUCAACUUCCGCUUCGCACAUUACGACCCUGCUCCAGGCCGACAGUCAUACCCACCACCGUCGCCAAGCUACGCACCCGCAUCUCAUCCCAGCCAUGCCCCCCCUCCACCUCAAUUCGCACCCAUCUACGGCAGUCCGCCCUACCAAGUCGGUUACGUACCUCCGGCUGGAUCGUUCCAGGCACCACCUCCCCCCUCCGGGCUACCCAGCUACCCACCUCUCAAGAUCCACCAAUACGGUGGACAGCCCAUCCUCCCCGCAAACAUGGCCCCUCCAUCACAAGUAGGCACAGCGCCCAUGACCUUCAUCGGCCAGCCAGCACCUCCACCGGCCUUCUCGCCCCCACAAGGCCAACACCCAGGCCCACACUACGAGCCCCAGCGCGAAACAGCCCAGGGCGAGCGGGCCUCGGAGCCGCAGUCGAGACCACGCCGUCAGUAUCGAAGUUACCACGCGCCUGGCACCCAGUUUAGGAGCUAUCAGGGUCCGGGUGAGAAUCGGCGGAGGGGCACUUGA